AGCAAUCAGGAGUCGUGCAUUAUUUUUCUGAAUUAUGGCUAUAAGGGUCAAAAGAUACAGAUGAAAGAAAAAACCUUUCCCUUUCCAAUUUGUUACAGGAAAAGUUUUUAAGAACUUUCCCUUUCCUAUCUGUUACAGGUCAGACGCACAAAAAUACAAUUAUUCCUAUUUGUUACAGGGGCCAUCAGCCAACUUUCCUUUUCCUAGUAUGAGAAUAUGUUUCCUAAUACGAGAAAAAAGAAAAAGAAAAUAUUCAUCUCCUAUUCCUAAAAGAACAGGGUGUUAGGAGUAGGCUAUAAAAUCACCCCAAAGUCUCUUAACCUUUGCAACUCAAAUCACCCAGCCCUUCAACUUCCAUAGCCAAAAAAGAAAAACUCUUCCAAGUUCUCAACUCAAAGUCUUAGUUAAUAUUACAAAGACCAAAACAAUGGCCUCCGUUGAGAUGAAGAAGAUAACCCUGAAGAGCGACGACGGUGAGAUCUUCGAGGUGGAGGAGGCUGUGGCCAUGCAGUCGCAGACCAUCAAGCACAUGAUGGAGGACGAUUGUGCUGAUGGCGCGAUACCUCUGCCGAACGUGACCAGCAACAUCCUAGCGAAGGUGAUCGAGUACUGCAGGAAGCACAGUGAAGAGGCCGCUGAUGGCGAGAACAAAGAGGACAUUCUGAAGAACUUCACCGAUGGCGAGAACAAAGAGGACAUUCUGAAGAAGGCCACCGAUGGCAAGAACAAAGAGGACAUUCUGAAUGACUGGGACGCUGAGUUCGCGAAGCUGGACCAGGUCACUUUGUUUCACCUAAUGAUGACUGCAAAUUAUCUCGACAUCAAGGGCCUGCUGGAUUUGAUCGCCAACACUGUGGCGGGCAUGAUCAUGGGAAAGACACCUGAAGAGAUCCGUGAGACCUUCAACAUCAAGAAUGACUUCACAUCUGAGGAAGAAAAGAAGAUUCGUGAGGAGAACCCGUGGGCAUUCGAGUGAGAGAGUUAGAGAUCCCCUUACAUACAUGUUAUUAUUACAUAAUUUGACAUUUUGUCUAUUAUUUUUCUUCUAGUUAUAAUUUUUUUAACUGUUCUUUUUUAAAUAAAUUUGUUUGUUGGGUGAUUGCUUAGAUGUAACCAAUAUUUCUGCGAAACCUCUUUUGUCAAAUAUUUCUAUCUAAUGAUACAAGAGUUAUGUCUCCCUGUUUUGUGUGUAUGGA